AUGGAAAAAUUGCUCUGCAGCAUCCUGUUUUUUGGAAUGGCUGUCACGGUCAACGCUUGUCCCAAAUAUUGUGUCUGCCAGAACCUGUCUGAGUCUCUGGGGACUUUGUGUCCCUCCAAGGGUCUCCUAUUUGUACCACUAGACAUAGACAGAAGGACUGUUGAACUUCGACUUGGGGGCAACUUUAUUAUUAACAUCAGCCGACAGGAUUUUGCCAAUAUGUCCGGGCUUGUUGACCUUACUUUGUCCAGAAACACCAUCAGCUACAUACAGCCCUACUCUUUCACUGACUUGGAGAGCCUUCGGUCUUUACAUUUGGACAGCAACAGGCUGCCUGACAUUGGAGAGGAUAUUUUGAGAGGCUUAAUUAACCUUCAGCAUCUGAUUUUAAACAACAACCAACUAAGCAGCAUCUCUGAUGAAGCCUUUGAGGAUUUUUUGCUGACAUUGGAAGACUUAGAUCUUUCCUACAAUAACCUCCGAAGCAUUCCCUGGGAAUCUAUAAGGAACAUGAUAAACUUGCAUCAGCUCAGUUUGGAUCAUAACCUGAUAGAUCAUAUUACAGAAGGGACGUUUGCAGAUCUUCAGAAAUUGGCCAGAUUGGAUCUAACAUCCAACAGACUUCAGAAGCUCCCCCCAGACCCUAUAUUUGCCAGAUCUCAAGUCAUUCCACUAGACGUUACCCCAUUUUCUCCACCUUUGUCUCUCAGCUUUGGGGGCAAUCCACUACAUUGCAACUGUGAGCUACUGUGGUUAAGGCGACUUGACAGAGAUGACGAUAUGGAAACUUGUGCUUCUCCUCCAGGUCUAAAAGGAAGGUACUUUUGGUAUGUACAGGAGGAAGAAUUUGUUUGUGAGCCUCCUCUUAUCACACAACAUACUCACAAGUUGCUGGUUUUAGAAGGGCAAACUGCUACACUGAAAUGCAAAGCUAUUGGAGAUCCCAUCCCCAUCAUUCAUUGGGUGGCCCCUGAUGACCGUCUCAUUGGGAACUCUUCAAGGACAGCCGUCUAUGACAAUGGCACCCUAGAUAUCCUCAUCACCACCUCCAAGGAUUACGGGACUUUCACGUGCAUAGCAGCCAAUGCUGCUGGAGAGUCCACUGCAACAAUUGAGCUCUCCAUUGUUCAGCUCCCCCAUCUCAGCAACGACACAGGCCGAGCAGCCCCACCAAAAUCCAGGCUCUCGGACAUCACCAGCUCCAGCAAGACUAAUCGUGGAGAAACAAAAGCCCCACCAGAAAGGGCUGUCCUGGUGUCAGAUGUGACCACUACCUCAGCUUUGGUCAAGUGGACGGUGAGCAAGUCGGCUCCUCGGGUAAAAAUGUAUCAGCUGCAGUAUAAUUGCUCAGAUGAUGAAGUCCUGAUCUACAGGAUGAUUCCAGCUACCAACAAAGCCUUUGUUGUAAACAACCUUGUUUCUGGAACAGGCUAUGACCUCUGUGUCCUGGCAAUGUGGGAUGACACUGCCACAACCCUUACUGCCACCAAUAUUGUGGGAUGCGCCCAGUUCUUCACCAAAGAGGACUAUCCACAAUGCCAGUCGAUGCACAGCCAGUUCCUGGGUGGGACCAUGAUUCUGAUCAUUGGAGGCAUCAUUGUGGCAACUCUAUUGGUAUUUAUUGUAAUACUCAUGGUCCGCUAUAAGGUCUGCAACAAUUCCCAGGGGAAGAUGUCUAACGUCAGCAAUGUCUACUCACAGACAAAUGGAGCACAACCAGUUCAAAACGGAGUCUUGCCCCAGGUCAACCCCAAAGUGGUGGUGAGAAAUGAACUUAGGGAGUUUAACUGUCAAUCUGCACGGAGUAGCAUCUCCUCUUCCUCAAGCUCUGCAAAUAGCCGUGACUGUGAUGACUAUAGCCUCCAAAGUGAACAGGGCACAUUGUCCAGUAAGUGGAGGCCUCCAUCCAGGUCAAAACACAACAUUGACCGGCUAAUGGGAGCUUUUGCCUCCUUGGAACUGAAAUGUCAGAAAAAGGAGGAGAUGACAGACUCCAGAACUUCAACAGUGGCCCGCCACUCGGACAAAGAGCCACUGCUGGGCCAGCCAGAGUCCAAAUUUCGCAGCCUCCUCACGUUGCCUCUGGAGGGCAAAACUAAACGUAGCCAUUCUUUUGACAUGGGGGACUUCACCACAUCUCAGUGUUGCACCUACCCAAAAAAGAUAACAAACAUUUGGACAAAGAGGAGCCUCUCGGUGAAUGGCAUGCUUUUGCAGUAUGAUGACAAUGACCUAACAGGGGCGAAAGGAACUUUCGGAAGCUCAGAGUGGGUAAUGGAAAGCACAGUGUAA